AUGGAGUUCAUGGAAGGGAAGGCGGGGCUGUUAUUACGGAAGCUUGGUACAAGAUGGUGGAAUAGUUGGAAUCAUUUCGCCUGCAAUAUAAACGAAGAUAUAAUUCGACAAAUCGCUGAUGCGAUGGUGGAUAGCGGCCUUGCAAAGCUUGGUUAUGACUAUAUCAACAUAGAUGAUUGUUGGGCAGCCUAUGAUAGAGACUCCCAGGGUAAUCUUGUUGCAAAUCCAUCAACAUUCCCAUCAGGAAUAAAGGUCCUGGCAGACUAUGUGCACGGGAAAGGGCUCAAGCUCGGAGUUUAUGGUGACGCAGGGUCGCGAACUUGCAGCAAUAAGAUGUCUGGUUCGCUUGGAUAUCAAGAACAAGACGCAAAAAGCUUCGCAUCAUGGGGAGUUGACUACUUGAAGUAUGACAACUGCAAUGACCAGGGACUGAGUCCACAACCAAGAUAUGUCAACAUGAGCAAAGCGCUUCUGAAUUCUGGGAGGGACAUUUUCUUCUCCCUUUGUGAAUGGGGAGUGAAUGACCCAGCAACAUGGGCAAUUGGUGUAGGAAACAGUUGGAGAACAACCGGUGACAUCCAGGACAACUGGGGAAGCAUAACGGUUAUCGCUGACACCAACGGCAAGUGGGCAUCUUAUGCAGGACCUGGUGGAUGGAAUGAUCCAGACACGCUGGAAGUCGGAAACGGAGGAAUGACAACAGAGGAGUACCGCUCCCAUUUCAGCAUAUGGGCUCUGGCGAAGGCACCUCUUCUGAUUGGCUGCGACAUCCGCUCUAUGAGCAAUGAUACCAAGGAAAUCCUCAGCAAUCAGAAUGUCAUCGCAGUUAACCAAGAUGGGCUUGGGGUGCAAGGGCACAAAGUGCAACAGGAUGGAGACCAAGAGGUCUGGGCUGGGCCAUUGAGUCCAGGGAGGGUUGCAGUUGUUCUAUGGAACAGAGGGUCUGCUGAAGCAUCAGUCACUGAAAGCUGGAGCAGCAUUGGUCUUAAUGCAUCAACCGUCGUUGAUGCUCAUAAUCUGUGGACAAAUGAGAUUACAUCAUCCGUGCAAGGAGAGCUGAAGGAGACAGUGGAUACUCAUGCUUGCAAGAUGUAUGUGUUGACCCCAAAGUAG